UUUCAAUCGAUUUGCGAAAUUCAGGAGUUAAGGAGAAGCAGGGAUGACGAGGGCGCUUCGGCGCAGAAAUAUUGGCAGACGGAGACCGGUGGCCAAGUGAAGGAGCACACUGACAUGAGGGAUCCCCCACAUCUCGUGGAGAAUGUGUAUGCAUUAUGGGGCGAUCAUUCUGCUGAUGUUUCUGAAUUCAGGAACAUCGGUGAAAGAUUGUACAGGCCGAUGUGUAGAGUGUAGGAAGGGGGCGUGUCAGUGGUGUUCGGAGCUGUGGUACAACCGUUCCUGUGAGUAUGAAUGUGCUCACUGCAACGACGGGCGCUGCAACUGGAAGACGGGGUACUGCAAGACCAGCUGUUCCCCGGACAAGUGCGGCCAUGGUUGUUCGUGCAAAGAGGAAAUAUCGGAUGCAAACAACUAUAGAUCGGAUAUAAGUGACAGCAUUCCAAAUAAUAUCAUCGUUGCUUUCGUCAUCGGAAUCGUAUUUAUAGUAUUUAUAGUGUUUAUAUUCUGUGGAUAUAACAAAUGCCCGGAAAAAGACGAUGUGCCGAGGAGUACUCGCAACACUUCACGAACAGCGCGCCGAACACCCUCCAGCACAACAAACAGUCCAUCUGUCAUGUCGUAUCCUAGCAACAAUCGGAGUGACGUAACUUCCCCUUUGUACCCUUACUCUUCACAAAGCUUAUACAGGAGUAAUAUGACUGCAGACGCCAUGUGUCAACCGUUUAGAACGUCGGAGAGACACACCCCUUUUUCGUGUGAUCACCCUCCUCCCCCAUACGGGUCUCUAUCCCCAGCAGGUAUACCCCCACCCACCCAGGAAGGGUCAGGACCACCCACCUACGAGUCCUUGUUCCCUGCGAAGAGCUUACCAGACCCAAGGUGAUCAAAAUUCAGUGCUGAAUGCUUGUCUUCAGAAAAUGCUUCAUGCUGACUGGCGUAGGUGCAGCUGCCCAGGUGGUAUCGGUGUGUGCCGUUACCGACAUUGUACCUAGUGUUGCUUUGGAGUUUCUGUAGUCAUACUGCAUGGAUUGACUAUGAUCCAUUUUGCGACAAACCAUUGCAUAGAUUUCCUAUAACUAGUGACCAAUUUUGAAGAUACGUCAUUGUGUGCUCAACAGAAAUUAGGUGUAUACUUUGUAGAUGUAUGGAAAUUUAUACGCUUGCAGCUUUCAGAUGGUAACGUAGAUAGUCUUGUAAUAGUCACGUGAACGAAACUAGUUCCAACAUGGAUUCCUAGCAGCGCUGGCUGAACUGGGAUUGAGUCCAGGCAAGGGAGCUUCAGUUGUAGGUGGUCGACAUGGUUUUAACGAGGUAAUGCUGACAAGGAACAUUGUGUAUAUUUACGUCAUA